AUGUGCUCUAUGGACUCAUCUCAUCCUGCCUCUGCCGUGGAGACCACAGACGCCUCCAGCCUGGUGCGACCUGCUGACCUGGCUCAGGCUUCCUGGAGAAGAGCCGUAGAGCACCAAGCCCAGUGGAGUCCUAGCCCACCGCUGGAGCUCAGGGGCUGUAGCGCCAUAGAAAGCAACUGUGGAUUUGAGAGUGCUAUUGGAAACUUGAAAAUUGCUGAAGUUCAUCCAGGUGGUCAUUUUGUGAAGAUCCUGAACUGUGCCUCUGAAAAAGAGGAGAGCAUUGGAGAGCAUCUCCUGAUGCAGAAUGUCCAAGGUCAACCAGUGGCUGUAUUCCGGUUUCCCCCAAAGAUCAGGAUGGCAGCUGGCUCUGUUGUGACAGUUUGGGCAGCAGAUGCUAAAGUGCCUCACAAACCUCCCUCUGAUUUUCUUUGGAAAGACCUGGAGAGAUUUGGGACUGGCCUCAACUGUGCUACCAUUCUUUGUGAACCUAGCGGUCAAGCUGUUGCUUGGUAUACUCCUCUCCACGGCAACAGAAGGCAGGGAUGGGUGGUGAGAGAAGAAAGGGAAAACUUAGAGAACAUCGCUAAACCAUCUUCCUCAAGAGCGAAGCAGAAAGAGGGAUGGGAAAAGGAACAGGAAACUACAAUAACUGACACAGAGUGGAAACAGGCUGACCCAGGGCAAAAAGGAAAAAAAAGACAAAGCUUCAUUAAAAGACCAUUAACCAUGGGGAAUGACGGCAGCAGUUUGUGCAGGCAGUCCCGGUGUCAGUCAGCAAGGCCUGACCCAGAGCCAGGAGAAAAGCUGGGCACAGAGAAGGAGUUGGCGCUUGCCAGCUCAAGGGUGAAGGUGGCAUCAGGGGUUGCGUCCACAUGA